CCACCCAGGCACACUACACACAACACUGACCCCAAAGCUCGGUUCUGUGAGGAGGAGGCAGCAGGCUGCUCAUUCUGAAGUUGCACACUCCAAUGGCAGAAGCUUAUGGUGGACAAGUUUUUGGCAACAUGAGUGAGGAGACAAGCCAUGGUGAUGGAAACCAAGAGCCCAGCAAAAAGCAACUGAGAUUUGUCCUGGUGGGUAAAACAGGAGCUGGGAAAAGUGCAACAGGAAACAGCAUCCUUGGGGAAAGAGUAUUUGAGUCAAGACUAGCACCAAAGUCAGUGACCAAGAGCAGUAUGAAAAGAAGCAGAUUGUGGAAUGAGAAAGAAAUCGUAGUUGUGGAUACUCCUGGAAUUUUUGACACUGAUGUGUCUGAUGUGGACACUUCAAGGGAAAUCAAUCGCUGCCUCAUUAUGUCCUCCCCUGGGCCUCAUGCCAUCAUCCUGGUGGUCCCACUUAGUCGUUACACCAAGGAGGAGCAAGAUGCAGUAAAGAAGAUCCUGGGAAUUUUUGGUUCCAAAGCCAAGAAAUAUGUCAUCCUUUUAUUCACCCGGAAGGAUGAUUUAGAAGGUACUGAUUUGAAUCAAUACUUAUGUGAAACUACAGAUGGAGCUUUGAAAGACCUGAUAGACCAGUUUGAUGGAAGGUACUGUGCAUUCAACAACCGGGCAACUGGAAGGGAACAGGAGGCCCAGGUAACAGAGCUCCUGAGCUUGGUUGAGCAAGUGGUACAGAGGAAUGGAGACUCUUGCUACACAAAUGAGAUGUAUCAACUUGCUGAGGAGAAGAUUCAGCAAAAAACUGAAGCAUUGAGAAGAUCCUAUAGGCAAGACCUGGAAAGAAUAAAAGAGGAAAUAAGUCAUAAAUAUGAAGAUGACAUGAGGUACUUAAAGAAUAAUCUGGAGCAGAAAGAAAGAGAAGAAAAAAUGUAUAGGGAUUUUGCAAGUAAGGAAACUUUCUAUGCAAAUAAGCAAAGAGAUGCCAGAGAUGAGGUUGUGAAUCAUACUGAAUUCCUUAGAGAAAUCCGGAAAAUCUUUAAAAUAGUUUUUGACUUUAUGAGACUUCUAUUUAAAGAUUAAGGAACUUGGUAAAUGUACCUUCUGCUUUCUGCUACCUUCCCACCUUCUUUCUCUGUUGAUUAUUGAUGAAUAUUCAAACAUCACAUGCACAUCCUACUACUCAUGUCUUCAAGGAUGAAGCCAUUUGCAAACCUUUGGUCAUAAGAACUAUCCUAUUCUUUUAUAACUAAUAUUUUAAUAUGAAAAAAAGGGAAAGAUUAUUUUAUUGUAUAAAUCCAGAAUAGGAAAUUCUAACAUUUUCUGAACUGGAAAUUUUCCCUCUAAGAUGCAGAGUAGGAAAAAAGGAACAAAAGUCAAGCUUGUAGUAGCGUUUCAAUAUUUCUUCACCCCUUCUUCUCUAGAAAGGGAAUAGAUUCUCUGUGUGUUGGCUCUUAUUUGCAUUUCAACUGUUAUCUUUAUAAAGGCCCAUAUGAUAGCUAAUGGCUAAUAUUUUUGUAGGACUUUAGUGUUUGCAAAACACUAUACAUAAUGUUACUUACAAACACAUAGUUACAUACAAAUCAUGUUAUUUGAUUUGAUCCUCAUAAAAACACUGUAAGAUAGAUACUAUUAUUAUCAACAUUUAACCUAAAAGGAACCAGUCUAAGAAUCAAAGUGCCUUCCUUACAACCACAGGGUAAGUAAGUGUCUGAAUCUGGAUUUGGAUUCAAGACUUCUCUCCAAGUCUGACACUCUCCCCACUAUACCACUUACUUGCCCGUUUCACAUUGGCCAUUAUGUCCUUGCUAUUCAUAUUUUUUUAAGUAAUAAACAUUUUUAUUUAUAGUUUUGAGUUCAAUUUUUAUCUUUCCUUCCACAUUCUCCUCCCCCCCUUUGAGGUGGGGAGCAAUCAGAUUUGGGUUAUACAUGUACAAUUAUGUAAAACAUUACCAUAUUACUCAUUUAGUACAAGAAAGCUUGAAUAAAAGAAAAAAAUGAAAGAA